GUGAUUUGAUGCUGAUUAUAGUAUAGAGCUGCCGUCAUGGAGAAGCAAAAUGGAGGUUUCGAAGAGGAUAAGUUAUCGGAGCAUUCGGAACCAUCUUAUAAUGGGAGUGAAAAGAACACCUUGCCAUUGGUCACUGACAGUAUAGACCCUGAAGAGGGCUGCAGCAACGAGACCCUAAUCGAUUUAAGGGAGAAGAGCAGCCCUUCAAAGCAGCUGGAAUGGUACUAUGCACCUGUGUACUUGCUCUUCUGGGUCGGAUUAUUCUUCGCCGUUUGUUAUCCACUUUUUAAUUAUUUGCCAACUGGAGUGAAGAUCGAGGAGGAGUCAAAUUUACCAGGAACAUUUGUAGCCCAACGUGCUGAAUCCAUACUGCUGCAGCUAGAUCUUAUGGGUCCCAAGAUAGCAGGCGAUUACGUAACGGAGGUAGAAGUGGUUCAGUUUUUGCUCGAUGAAAUAGCAAAGGUGCGUGAGGAGAUGCGAGAGGAUCUAUAUGAAAUGGAGGUGGAUGUACAGAAAUCCAGUGGUGCCUUUCUCCAUUGGCAAAUGAUAAACAUGUACCAGGGCAUUCAGAAUGUGGUGGUGAAGCUGAGUUCCAAAAGUUCCAACAGCACCUCCUACUUGUUGGUCAACAGUCAUUACGACUCCAAGCCCAGCAGUGUGGGCACUGGAGAUGCGGAGGUCAUGAUAGUUACAAUGCUGGAGACCCUCCGUUUAAUGGCCACAUCUAAAGAGACCUUCCUGCAUCCCAUUGUGUUUCUGUUCAAUGGCGCUGAAGAGCAGCCCUUCCAUGGAUCACAUUCGUUUAUAUCGAAUCAUCGUUGGUCAGCAAAUUGCAAAGCUUUGGUCAACCUGGAUUCGGCCGGCGCUGGCGGUCGUGAAAUUCUCUUCCAGGGGGGUCCCAACCAUCCCUGGCUAAUGAAGCAAUACAAAAAGAGUGCCAAGCAUCCGUUUGCCACGACGAUGGCCGAGGAAAUCUUUCAGGCUGAUCUAAUACCUUCCGAUACAGAUUUUCGAAUCUUUCGAGAUUUUGGUCCGGUGCCAGGUCUAGACAUGGCUGGCUGCUAUAAUGGUUUUGUUUAUCACACUAAGUUCGACCGCUUCAAGGUUAUAUCACGCGGUGCCCUGCAAAACACUGGGGAUAAUGUGUUUGCUCUGGUUCGUAGUAUAUCUAAUGCAGAGGAAAUGUAUGAUACGGAGGCUCACUCAAAAGGUCACUCCGUCUUCUUUGAUUAUUUGGGCCUCUUUUUCGUUUACUACACCGAGUCAACGGGCGUGGCUCUGAAUAUUUCAUUUUCCUUGGGAUCUAUCCUCGUUAUUUGCCUCUCUUUGUGGCGCAUGGCGAAGGUAACGGAUCGAAGAGUGGGUACCUAUGCCCGAGCCUUUGGGAUGCAGUUCAUCCUUGCCAUACUAGGCCUCUUACUGGCUCUUGGUUUUCCCUUGCUGAUGUCUGUGUUCUAUGAUGCCGGGGAUCGGACAAUGACUUACUUUAGCAACAGUUGGUUGGUCAUAGGACUCUUCAUCUGCCCUUCAAUCAUUGGUCUGGUCUUGCCAGCGACUCUCUACUUGUCUUUGAGGCCCAGUGAGAAGAUACCGCACACCUACCACCUACAGAUCGUUGGACAUGCUUACUGCGUUCUUCUGGCAGUGCUUUGUAUUCUACUAACCGUAAUUGGCAUUCGCACAGCCUAUCUCUUUAUGAUUUGUGUAUUCUUCUACUUAGGAGCCUUGAUUAUAAACUUGGCUAGUAGACUUCAUGAUAAAGGUUAUCUCUGGGCUGUGGUACUCGGUGCUUGCCAGAUUCUCCCGUAUCUGUACUUCACCUACCUCUUCCACGCCCUGCUGGUUAUCACCAUUCCCAUGACUAGUCGAAAGGGCAUGGAUGCUAACCCUGAUUUCCUGAUCUCAUUACAGUGCGCCUUGGGUUCGAUUCUGUCAAUGGUGUUUGUGGCACCUCUGUUGAAUCUCUUUAGGCGGCCGAAGAGUAUGGUCGGUGGCUUGGUGGUAGUAAUGUUUAUUUUCUGCAUGAUCUCUGUUUCGGAUGUGGGCUUUCCCUAUCGCGCCAAAACAAAUGUUAUGCGUCUACAUUUUCUAGAGGUACAUCGCAAGUUCUACGAGUUCGAUGGUUCCAUUAGCUUAGAGGACAGUGGCUACUACUUUGACCUGCAAGACAGACGUCUAGAGGCUCCUCUGCUGGGCAAGAUCAACCUCACUGGUCUCACUCGCGUUGAUGAGCAAUGCCAAACGGAGAUGUAUUGUGGCUUGCCCUGCUUUAACCAUCGUUGGUGUUCCGCUGUGGAAGAUGCACGUUGGUUGCCCCGGGAUGAGCCCGUUGAUCUGCCAAGUUCUCCGAUCUUGCAGUUUAUAAACAAGACCGUGUUGGGGACAGAGUCUGAUCCUAGGGUUCGCUAUAACUUCGUUGUGUCUUCAGGGCCGCCAAGGAUGAGUUUCUUUAUAAAACCCCUGGAUGGUGUUAAGAUGUUGCACUGGUCCUUCCUUAAGGGAAUGCUGGAUAACCCAUCAGUCUACAAGCCUCCAUAUCAUAUUUUCUUUGGCUACGGCAGCGAUAGUUCUCCAGUUGAAUUUUAUUUAGAAAUGACGAAGGACGAUGGUAAUUUCGAUGGUCCGGUAGUGGAGUUGGGUAUCUCUGGGCACUAUAUGAGCCAUCUUAGUAAGCGGGAUGCCACAACAUUGAAGUUCAUCGAGGAUUUACCGGAUUUUGCCCAUCCCAUGGAGUGGCCAAGUUCCUAUGAACGAUAUAUAUUUUGAGAUUGUUAAGUUUUACUUAAUAGUGUUAAGAUUUGAUAA